AAUAAACAAUGCUUUCAACAAUCCUUGUCAGAACUUACUUCUACAGCCAACAACAGAAACACAUUUCAGGAGCAAUCGCUCUCAGAGGGCUCGGUGUUGUAAGUAUGAGGAUUGAGACACGCAGCUACCUCCUGGCUCCAGAAUGCUUGUGAGCAGAACUCUGUAUCCAUACAGAUGCUGGGACAUGAGCUCUAAGAAAAGAGCAAGCAGCUGCAGCACUAACCUGCAGUAUUACACCAUAAGACCAGCACACUCAAAGCGAUUUUCCCUACCGACUGCUCCAUACUGAUGAACCAGGAGCAGAAAGUUUCACUUAUUUCAGUUAACACACAUCCAGUAAAGUAAGGCUCUACUUAUUGUGCUGGGCUUGGGUGAGUGGUUUUUGUUUUUCUUUGGUUGUUUGAAAAGCGACCCUAGCAGAGAAUUUAUCACAAAGAAAUCAUAAAUUCAAGAUGAUCAAUCAGUGCGUUGCACUGUUCACACAAUCACUCAGUAUCCCCUUCUGCUGCUAAGCCUGCUUCUGCAUUCAAGUACCACGAGGUCUGUUACAGCACUAGAUUUGUUUCAACAUUCUUGUAAGGUUGAGUUAAUGACACUGUAUUAACUGCAUAAUGCAGUACACUAAAUAGAAACAUCCACAACUCGCUACCAGAAGCCACAGAUCCAUUACCAGCAUAACAUUGCUCAGACCUAACAAUAACAGCUUUUCAGAAUCUUAACUUCCCCCAAAAAGCAAAAUUCCCCUCUUUGUCAUCACAUUUGUGGAUUUUUUUUUGUUUUCAUUUUUUAAUCCACUGUAGUUUCAAAAUCUGUAUCUGCACCUAUUCCUAUUGUUUCCAUGAAAAAUGAUUGCAGGGACAGGAAAGAGCAAUGGAAGCACCUCAGCAGGAGAGGCUGCAGUGGGUGCCAGGCAGAGCUGCUGAGUGAAGGCUUUUCCAUGCAGGGCAGCUGGAGGGCAUGCACGGAAGUGGCAACAAGAAGGAGAGGAAGAGCUCAGGAGCUCAUGGUACUGCCAAAUGCACCAGGUAGAAAUGGUGACGAUCACUGAGUUUAAGUUCAACUUAGCCCUCACUAAGUUCCUCAUGAGAAACUGCAAAUUAAGCUUCCAAAGUCACCGUGGGUCAGCUGAAUUCUGUUAAUGUCUCUCCCACUGCAUCUCAGCCUACUUCUGAAGUUGAUCUGUAAGUCACUAAUGAAAGGCAACACAAAGUGGGAAUCUGGAGUGCAGUCAAAUAAACCCACUUUCAGUAAUUCCCGCAAAGACUCAUAUAGCAACUGGCGUUAGUGUGGAGAGAAGAUAAUUCCAAACCCAAAACUCAGAAACUGCAAAUUCUGAAGCAAUUCCAAGACAUUUUAUUAGAGGCUUUACACAGCCACAUACCAAUUCUAAAAGUAAUGCAGGAUAACCAGCAGAACUCCAGCUACGUAAGAACAUUUUAUUCUGGUUACUAAAUUAAGAGAGAAACAACAAAAGCCAGCCCUUCCUACAAACCCCGCCUUUAAAGAUCUUCCCCCACUGGAUCUCUUUUUGCACUCAAAAAAUUAAUUGCUUUGAAGGAAGUGUUGUAAAAUCAUACACAUAAUGAGAGAUGGGCAGUGCCUGAAACAAAGAUCAGGGCUGGGCUACAGCUAAGACGACUUACUGCAUAUUUGUUUUGUCAGCUGACUCUUGAAGAUUAUCUCGUUCAAUCUGCCUGCCUGCAGUCCCUGACAAGUCGUUCCCCCUGCUGCCAGGCUGGCUCUGCAGUGAGGAACACCCCAAACGUCACAGCUUGAGUCCCAGUGCAAAGCAUAUAGCUCCAAGCCGCUGCCGGGCACCCCUUGGCUAAUAAGCUCAUCAUGCACAUCCCAAAAAUGAAAGGAGUUGCUUUCUCAAUCUGGGCAGUAAGAGUCAUGUUUGUGAAUGAUUUCCUCCUGGGGGUGAGGGGGAGAUGGAAAUGAGCAUAAAGGAAGUUGUCAGCAGCACCGCACGCCAGCCAAUCACAGCACAGCUCCAUCUUAGCUGUGCCAUAGGCUGCAUUAAAACAGGGAACGGCACGGCGCUCGCUCAGCAUCCUUACAGACAAGAGCCCCCAAAUCUGUGACAGGGAAUAUACUAAGACAACUCUUCAAGAAUGGCAACUCUCAAUGCCACUCACUGGAACGAAACAACAUCCAUUUACCAAUAUCUGGGCUUUCAAGUGCAAAAAAUCUACCCUUUUCAUGAUAACUGGAACACUGCCUGCUUUGUUAUUCUGAUCAUAUUCAUCUUUACCGUAGUUUCUCUGGUGGUGCUGGCUUUCCUCUAUGAAAUGCUAGACUGCUGCUGCUGUGUGAAAAAUAAAACUGUGAAAGACUUGGAGAAUGAACCCAAUCCUGUUAGAGCAAUGCUGAACAGCUUCAGAAAGCGUGAAACGGAGGUGGUUUAGGAAAGGCUACUUAUCAGCACGUGGAGACCAUUUAACACCUUGAACAAAACCACCUCUACCUUAUGGACAAAUGAGUUACAUGCUUUUUUUUUUUGGACUUAAAUAGAAUGAUAACUGCUACAACUAUAUCUCCAGCUGUGAACUUAAACAGUCAGCAAAGGCUUUCUGAGCACUUAGCUGAAGGAUGAUCUGUUGCAUUGUUAUGGGGGAAGAAAAGUUGGUUUGUCUUUACAUGAAUUUUUGUUGUUCAUAUUGAGUUACUAGAGUAGAUGCUUGACUACCUGAACAAAUGGUGUUGCUUAACAUGCAUAAAACUAUGUUGUUUAGCCAGAGAAAACAUUUAGAAAGAUGCUCAACAAUCCAAUUCUACAUAGCACAAUGAUAGAGCACUGUUCUCCCACUGGGGUGAAUCACACAGGGACAAGACAGACAUAAGAGAUUAAGAAAAAACAGAUGAAAGACAGAAGGAUUUAAAGGAAAGAGAUGCCAUGAGAGCCUCGUGUGAAUUUUUGCCUUCAGCAAUUGUUCUUACUACGGGUUCACCACUUUAAGAAAAUACGGUGGUGGGAGGGAAACAAGCCAGGAUGAUAUUCAUCCUCAAAAUAGCCUUUUUUAACCUCCUGCAGUAUAAUUUGACCCCUUCUCCCUCCUUUCUCCCAUUCCAGACAACCACACUCCCCUUACUUUAUUUUCAACCUGUUUAAUUACUCCUGAGCGGUGCAACAUGACUACUGCACUACCUUAAGACUAUCUUAUUGCUUCCACAAAAGCACACUGAAGUGGGAUCAUGGCCUAGAAGAAGCAGUGCCAUCUUUCUGUCCCAAGGCUGCUGCCUCUAUGCCAACUAUGACACUACAGGGAAUGUGACAUAUUGAUGAUCUUACUCCUAUCUCAUAUUCUCAAAGCUGAACUACAGCUGGCAGAAUUCUUGCCAAAACAUAGGCUGACAGAUUGCAAUCUUCCCAGAACAGUGACAAUAACUUCUCCCAAGCAGCACAGUUUUCAGGUGCUGAUAUGCUUGACAAAGGAGGCCACAUCAUGAUAAGCCUAGCAUAAGAGACAGUGGGAUGGAUGCACAGCAAGACGCAACCUUAAUUUGCACAACUGAACUACAGCUCACUUCAUCAGCCUGCAGAUACAUUUCAGAAUUCACCCUCUCAGCUCUCUCACAAGCUGAACAUGUAAAACUUGGACUAUCAGCUUUUACCUGUAACUUACCACAUCAUUCCUCUGUAUUGUGUUGCGUCUAUAGGUUUUCAAACAGUAAAGCUUUGUUUUUACAAAUUAUAGCUGUAAUAGCAACAAUUAACAGCACAACCUUCAGUACAGCCUGUUAAGUCUCUGUCUUGCUGCUGGACACAGAGAGAAACAGGCCAGCAGGAAACAUCUCAACCAGACUGAAGCUACAUAUGGGACAAGAUAUUUAAUUACAUAAACAAAUGAUACUCUUCACAUUAGAAAAGCAAAGCCUACAAACGAGUAAGCUCCUGCUGCCUUAUCCCCAUCAGAAGUACCUCAGUGCCAUGAACACUAUCUUUUUUUUUUUUUUUUAAAUACAUGAACUCCCACUCUCAGGGUUAGUAUGCCUAAGCUCCGAAAGAUUUGAACACACACAUACACCAAAAGGCUCACCAAUUCAACUCAUGUUCUUCCUGGUCAGUAAGACAGAAUAAGACCCAGGCCACCACCCAAAAAAUUCCAAUGGUUCAUCCAGAAAAGCUAUCUCCUUCCUUCAGUCACAAACUGACACAUUUACCACUGCAAACUUUCAUCUUCUACACAGUUACUACUGUUAAGCCUUGCUAGUACCAGUCCCAUAGGCAUAGAAUAUUCUUAACUGAAGUUGAACUAUAAGCACAACCAAUGGAAUCAAACGUCCCAUGUACAAGACAACUGAGGAUACAAAGCAGGACACGUGAAGAUGACAAUGUCAGUGCUGCACUCUGGACUGGGGAGACAUCUCAUUACCUUCUACUGUAUUUCAUAGUCAGUCCUGAAAGACUAGCAUCCUGCACAGGAGAAGGCAGCAUGUGGAAAGUAACACUAGCUGCUGUGACACUGGAUUUGUGUUCUCACGCCUUCCUUAGAAGCACACACAACAGGAAGUCUUGGGACUCUCUCCAGCUACCGAUCUCAUGGGUCUAUAUAGGAGGCAGCAAACAAGGAACUGAGAAGAAAGAUCUCCUCUUACGCAGCUCCAGAGCCUCAGGAAAAUUCUUUUCUUCACAUAAAGCAAAGCUGUGGAAAAAGCUUCCAGAGAUUUCAGCUCUUGCUGACCAAGACCACUGAGACAAAGAUUUCCAGAUAAAGACAUCCUAUUGAUCAAUAAAAAGAAAUGAAAAAGA